AUGGGCCAAGACGUCCCUCUGGCGCACUUGCACACUUUGCACACCAUCUCGCCUAGACCCGCGAUACAUGGGUCGGUCCAGGCAAAGCGAAAAGGAAAGAAAGGCGAAAAGCAAUAUACGACUGCUAUGGUAUACACAGCACAACAAUCCCAUUGGAAGCGUGCCCUCGAAGCCAAUCCAUCGAACAACCAAGACUGA